AUCACCAUCGUUGCAAUUCCAACGCACGACACCGAACCCCCCCCCCUUCGAUUGCGUCCUGCCCGCUCAAUUGGCCGCCAUGCUUCCCACAAGAGUGCUGCGAGCGGCCCGCGGGCCCAAGGUCAACAUCACCGGAUUCAACAUGCGAGCCUUCAAGGAGGCUGCCGGCCAGCCGCGAUACGACCCCUGGGAGCGAGCUGACGCCUGGAGGUUCACAGGCCCCUUCUCCCGCUGGAACAGGUUCAGGGGCACGCUACCCGGCUUGGGGACCGCCACCGUCGCCUUCGCCGGCUACUGCCUGUACGAGCACUUCUUCAUGGAGGACUCGCACCAUCACGGGGAGGAGCACCACUGAUCGGAGACGGCCGGAGCGAGUGACUGUGCGGAAAGACGCUGACGCUGCGGCGCCGGAGUGUACAUAUAUCAUGCGAUGAGGGCGAGUAAUGGAUGGAUACGGGUAGUCGACACUUUCAAGCCCCGGUUAGACGCGGACAACAAAAACACGAUUGAAACAACAUGGGACACCUAGCCGUGAGUCGUUGCCAUGGCACCAGAGCGAGCAUGCGGCCGUUGCAACUAUCUUGUCAAAAUGUCGUGGUGGCGUUGGAUGCGCGCGUGCAUUGUAACUCCGGAGUCGGGGGUCAAGAGUGAAGAGGUUAUCAG